AUGAAGAUGUCCCUCCUUCAACUUGAGCGUUCUUAUUUGGAUGCUCUGUCUGAGUUAGGUUAACAUGCUCCAAAAACAAUUCAAGCCUGUGUGACUCUCAUAGAGACACUCAAUCAAACAGGUCAAUAUUAAAUAAAACAGAAUUAGCCAGGGGAGAAAUACUUUUAAAGAGCGAUUGAAUUGGCAGCUGGAUUGCAAACGGAGGAAUUACUGAAUGUGAAAUACUUCACUUACAUGUUAUAUGCAGAGUAUUUUGAGCGUUAUCACAAUAAUAAGUAAGCCUACAAUCUACUAAUCCAAUUGCUCCCCUUGCAAAAAACAAAUUAAAAAACCAUCAUCAUGACAUAAAUCUAAAUCCUGAAUCAUAUAAUAGAGAACGGCCGACUUUGCAAAAUAGCAAAUGUUGUGUCCUUGAAUGAGAAAUUGUUGAAUCUGAUGGAAGAGAUCGGAUUGACAUUUUACCUUUAAAAACAAUUCUCAGAGAAGUUUUAAUUAAUUCUAUUACAAGCACUCUCAUUCUAAGCCAAAAUAUAUCAUAAACAAAAUAAAGACAGAGAAGCAGCAUAGUUAUAUUUUCAAUCGUUUCAUCUCUCAGAAUAGUUGCUUGGAAUUCAUGAGAAGAGAACUCAAGAAUAUAAAAAGCUAUACGAAUAAUUGAGUGACAAGAUAUCCGUAAACAUCGAAAUAUAGAGUCAAGACGAAUACGAAGACGAGCAACCCCAACAACUAUAAGUUACACCUCGAGAAGAAAUUCUGAAAUCCUUUCGUCCAAAAAUCACCUCAUUCAACAAUUAUAUUAUCAAUGUAGAUUCCGCUAGAGCUCCCAAACCUUCCAAAAAAGUAGAAAAAUCAAAUAAAUUAACCACUUCCUCAUCCACCAACAAACCUACUGUUCUAAUCAAACCGACACCCUUGUCAUCCUUGUUCAUUAUUAAGGAUCAUUCCAAAAGACCUACCAGUUCUUAAGGCACUACUAAGUUGACUAGUCCCACAGGAGGUGUCUCGUUUCUAUCCAAAAAAAACACUGAAAGAUUUCAUCAUAAGAUGCCUUCUCUAGAAUAGAGUGCCAUCAAGGAAUUAGAUGAUANCUUUUACAGCUCUGAUAGUGAUAGAAUUACUGAAUGUAAUUACUGA